AUGGUAUUAACAUUGACUACGGUGAAUAUAAUAUUGAUAUUAAAACGAAGGCUAUAUCAAACAAAGCUGUUACUCAGUUUAUUUAUUGUUAUAAAUCUGAGAUGGUUUAAUGACAAUAAAAAUCACUAUGUUGUUGAAUUCUCUGAUGAUGGAGCUCCUGAAUCAAAAGAAAAAACUAUGUCUAUUGGAACACUGUCUUUUUUAAACUUUGGUGAAAGAAUUCGAAGCCGCCAAUUUCACUAUCUUCUGCAUGAAGUAACAGCUGGGGAAAAGGAUGAUGUAUGUAAGAUGCUUUGGAGACAACACACUGAUGAAAUGUUGCUUAUUGAAGGAAACACAUUUAAUAUCAUCAAUGAAAAAUCAACAUUUGAAUUUAUACCAUCAGCUGAUACUGCAUGGGUAGUAUUUGCUAGUAAUUGUUUAUCAUGCAGUGCAACUUACCCAUCACCAUUUGCAAAUGUGCAUAAAGCUCAACUUAAUAAACGUGGUGCAACAAUUAGUCGUGGUAGUGAUACAACAUUUUCAGUGCCCACUACAAAAUCACGGAAACUUGAAAUAAAAAAGUUAGAGCAUUUAAAAAAAACGUUUUCUUCCACUUCAAAAGAAAAGUUACAGCACAAAAUGAUAUUAGAAUUUAUGGCUAGCAAUGGGAUAAGGCAGCUAGGAGAUCCUGUGAUUGGUGAGUUUGCUGAUCGAUUUUAGCCAGAACCUCUACAUUUAGAAAUCAACAGUUGGCAACAUUUGCUAGGUAAUAUUUUAAUCUUCAUUUUUAGCAUAGUCACAAGAAUUAACAGUCUAAAAAAAAAAGCGGUUUCUAUUUUUAUACCGUUUUAUGUUGAAACUCAUAACAAUGAUCCUCUGAAGGUGCACAAAAAAGUAAAUUAAACUUUAUUUAACAUUACUCUCCUUAAAAGUUUGAACUGGAGAUUCGUUUUGAGAUUUAAUGUGAAUAGUUUUUAAAAAAUUUUGAUAUGAAUUAUUUUUUUAUUCUGUUAGAAAAGAUUAACUUUAAAAAUCUAUUUUACAUAGCUGAAGUAGAAUUUUAUAAUGAUAUAUAAAAACAUAUAUUUAAUAUAUAUAUAUAUGUAUCAGGGAUGCGAAGUCCCAUCGAUUUUUUGGGACUCCGGGACUCCGGACUCCGAGCUCAAAAAUCAUGGACUCCACGGACUCCGACUCCGGACUCCGGACUCCGUAAUAAUUUUUUUUUUCUUCAUUUAAAUAUGGGGUUUUUAUUAUUUGGAACUUUUACGCGAAAGUUCCGGAAAAAUGAAAGGGUACCAAUAAUAUUUUCUCUUAUGAAUUAUAUAUAUAUUUAUUUUAUGUACCCUAAGAAGUCCUUACGGUCUUAUAACAGCGCACCUUAGAAAAGCAAUUAAAAGGAAAUUCACUCCUACUUCCUAACCGAUGUCGCAAAACCAAAGGUGGGUUUGAACCACGGAUCCCUUAUUUUUUUUAGGAAAGUGCGCUACCACUGAGCCACGGCUGCUUAAACCCAAAAGUUAAUUUGUCCCGCUUUUGCUGGAUCGUAAGAAUUUAUAAGAACAAUACAACUCCAAAGAUUUUUAUUUGAUUUGUAUUGUCGCACUCAAUUUCUCAGAUUAUUUGAAACGACAUGAUCAUAAAAUUAUAAAAAGAUUUAAAUGCUUAUUUGCAUUAAUUACACGCUAAAUUAAAAAGUUAUAAGGACAAAAUAUUAUAAUAUUUACAUCAUCAAAAAACGUUUAAAUAAAAAACUCGUUUGUUCGUAAAAAAAGCAUAUCAUCAAUUAAAUCAGACGUAAAUCGACUACGAUGGUCUGGUGUCA